AGCACGCCGGAAGUUUACUUGUUUCCAAGGCGACGGCUCCUCCACCACUCCAACCAGGUGGCCCGAGUCCGGACGCUGGCAAGCGACUCGGAGGAGAGGGCCCCCGCCGACGGCGGUUGCCGCCACAGCGACUCGGGGGGAGCAGCGGCCGAAGACGGCGGCCGCCGCAUUAGCCGUGGCGUGUGGAGGAUAAACGGCCAACACGGCCAUCGCGGCGGCCGGCCGGGGGAGAGGGUUAGCGAGGACUGGGAAAGAAGCCGGGAAGACGGCGACCACCGCUGCAGGGGCUCCCCGGGAAGAGGGAGCGAAGACGUCGGCUUCUCCCGCCGUGACUCGAGGAGGGUCAGCGAGGGCUUGGGCCACCGCCGCAGUGUGUUUCGGGAGGGGGUCAGGGGAGAUGGUGGCCACCGUCCCGGCCCCUCUUGCGAGAGAGUACGGGGAGACCGCAACGACGGGAAUUUAAGUGAAGUCGGCGGCCCCCGCGUCGGUGGCUCUGUGGAGCGAGGGAGUGUUGUUGGCGGCCCCAGCCUCAGUAGUUCCUGGGAGGGAGUAAGUGAAGACCGCGGCUACGCGGCCAGCGACUCCUCCGGGGUGAGUGGCGGCGAAGACGCCAGCCGCCGCCUCUGUGGCUUCUGGGAGAGAGACAGUGAAGACGAAGGUUUCCGCUGCAGGGGCUCCUGCGAGAGAGCCCGGGAGCGCGGCGGCCCCGGUCCUGGCGACGACGACGAAGACGGCCCCCGCAGUGGCUCGUGGGUGACAGCCCGUGAAGACCGCCGCAGCAGCAGGGGCCUGGACUCAACCCCUCUCCGGAGGGAGCGCAGCAUGCCCGGGGUGCCGGGUUCGGGCCCCUCCACCUCUUCUGCGGAGACUGCAAACCCCGGUGUGAGGAAGAAGGUGCAUUUUGGUAGCAUAUAUGAUGCAAUACGAGCGGGAGAUGUAAAGCGGCUUUCAGAAAUAGUGGAACGUGGAGCCAGCAUUAAUGAAGUUGACAUUCUCCAUAAAUUUACCCCUUUACAUUGGGCAGCCCAUUCUGGAAGUUUGGAGUGUCUUCAUUGGCUCCUCUGGCAUGGAGCUGACAUUGCACAAGCAACUACAAGAGGUUGGACAGCAGCUCACAUAGCUGCAAUCAGAGGUCAGGAUGCUUGUAUGCAGGCUCUUAUAAUCAAUGGAGCAAAUCUGGCAGCUCAAGAUGAUCGGGGAUGCACCCCUUUGCACCUUGCUGCAACACACGGACAUUCUUUCACUUUACAAAUAAUGCUCCGAAGUGGAGUGGAUCCCAGUGUGACUGAUAAGCGAGAAUGGAAACCCGUACAUUAUGCAGCUUUUCAUGGGCGGCUUGGCUGUUUGCAACUUCUAGUUAAAUGGGGAUGUGGCAUAGAAGAUGUGGACUACAAUGGAAACCUUCCAGUUCACUUAGCAGCCAUGGAAGGCCACCUUCACUGUUUUAAAUUCCUACUCAGUAGAAUGAGCAGUGCAACACAAGCUUUAAAAGCCUUCAAUGAUAAUGGAGAAAAUGUGUCGGACCUGGCCCAGAGGUUCUUUAAGCAGAACAUUUUACAGUUUAUCCAAGGGGCUGAGUAUGAAGGAAAUGAUCCAAAAGAUCAGGAAACUUUAGCAUUUCCAGGUCAUGUGGCUGCCUUUAAGGGUGAUUUGGAAAUGCUUAAGAAAUUAAUAGAAGAUGGAGUAAUUAAUAUUAAUGAACGUGAUAAUAAUGGAUCAACUCUUUUGCAUAAAGCUGCUGGACAAGGCCACAUAGAGUGUUUGCAGUGGAUAAUUAAAAUGGGAGCAGACAGUAAUAUUACCAACAAAGCAGGGGAGAAACCUAGUGAUGUGGCUAAGAGGUUUGCCCAUUUAGCAGCAGUAAAGCUAUUAGAGGGCCUACAGAAGUAUGAUAUUGAUGAUGAGAAUGAAAUUGAUGAAAAUGAUUUGAAGUUUUUUAUAAGACAUGGUGUUGAGGGAAGCACUGAUGCCAAGGAUGAUUUAUGUCUCACUGAGUCUGAUAAAACAGAUGCCAGAAUGAGAGCUUAUAAGAAAAUAGUAGAAUUGAGACACCUUCUGGAAAUUGCUGAGAGCAACUAUAAACACUUGGGAGGGAUAACAGAAGAAGAUGUAAAGCAGAAGAAAGAACGGCUCAAGUCUGAAAGGACUGUCAAAGAGCUGCAGGACCAGCUGGAGUAUGAACGACUACGCAGAGAAAAAUUAGAAUGUCAGCUGGACGAGUAUCGAGCAGAGGUGGAUCAACUCAGGGAGACACUGGAAAAACUUCAGGUCCCCAACUUUGUGGCUGUGGAAGAUGACUCUUCUUGUGAGUCAAGCAAAGAGAAGAGGCGAAUGAAGAAAAAGAUGUCUUCCGGGGGAGUUUUUGUGAGAAGAUACCAACUGGGUGUUCGACAAUUCACUUCUGACCCUAACUACCCAGGAGGACUCAACUUGGAGAUUAUUAGGGUGUUGAGUAAGAGCAUGAGAUUUGGAGUUAAAGUCUGUGUGACUUACCUGCUGUGUGACCUUGGCACAUUACUUCACUUAGCCUGUUUCCCCAGCUGUAAAAUGAGGAUAAUGCCACCUGCCUAAGAGGACUGCUGUGAAAAAUAGUGAGUUGAUAUAUAUUUUUAGCAUCUUCACUGCUGUAUAGUCAAUAGUAGGUAUUCUACAAAAUGACAAUCACUAAUUUCAGUGGUGGUGACCAUGGCCUUUCCACUGCCUCAUUUUUCUCUUUAUGUUAAAAAUAUUUAAAACUUUGAAACUUAAGGUGUUACAUAUCUAAAUUCUUAAAGAUUGACAAAAGGGGCAAUAUAAGCUUUGAAUUGUUUUUCAGAUAUGGUGAAGGGUUUUUACUGACUCUUGACUAGUCCUUACAUAAUCUUGCCUCAUCUACCUUUUCACCAAGUAGUAUGAAUGGGCAAGUUAGGAUCUAGUCUAUGGCCGUAACCAAGGUGAAGGUAGCUAAUCCUCUUCGAGUCUUUUUACCACUUACAGAAAACGCCCAAAAGGUUUCGUGUUCUCAGAAACUCAGUAUAAAUGAAAUGUUCUCAGCACACUCGUAAUAAAACAUUGAAAAUAUUUAAAAGUUUGGAUUAAGGUCAAUCUAUUCAUAUCAUUUAUUCCACAGGCAUUUAACAAGUACCUCAUAUAUGCCUAGAGGCCUUCUGGGAACUCACAGUUUAGUAUAGGAAACAGACAUACAUAUAUAACUGUACAACAAUAGCUGUUUUAUAGUAGGGUACAAGUUCUGGAAGAGGUGUAGUUUUGAGGCACACAGAAACACAAUCCUCUCAUCUUUUUUCAUUUAUUUCCAUCCCCUAAACAAAAUCUAUCUAAACUUCAAAAUUACCACCAAAAUGAAGUCUCCAUGGAAAAGAUAUAGGAUCUAGAAGUAAUGGGAAUAGGGUACCGUGCGUAUGUUACUUCUAUUCUUCCAUUAUUGGAUGCAAAGCACUUCACAAGAUCUUUUUUAUCAAUAAUGGCUAUGAACUGGGAGUAUGCAUGUUUAUUUGUUGAGGUUUGAGGAGAUUCAAUAAGUGCCACCCCUCCUUCCCAUCAGGGUUGUGAACCUAAUUGAAAUGAAGGCUUAAAUAGUACCUUUGUUUGCUGAUAAAACUGGUAUUGAAGAAUAUGGUUUAUAUCUUUGGUCCAGUAAAUUUCCUAUCACUGAAACCCAGAAUUGGACAGACUUAUUCACUCUGUCCCAAGCAUCACUGUACUGGCAGGCCUCACCCUGCAGGGGCUGAGCGUGAUCCCAGAAGCAGAAGAGAAUGAAUGCUCUCUGUAGACAGGCUGGUCCCAAACAGGAGUGGGGAGGAAGUGGCUGGGCUACUUGGGCCUUGUUUCUCCUUUCACUUCACUUCACUUGGGGCAAUGUGGAUGAGGGGAGGAAGAGUGGUGACAAUAAUGUUAUACUAUUAGAACUUCCUUCACAUGGAGGAAAGAAGUGUUCCCUCUCAGUAUUUUAGCAUAUUUUAAAUUGUAACAAGCCAAUAACUUACUUAUUUGUGUACUGUCUAUCUUCUCCAUUAAGGUUGUCAGUUCUAUGAGAACCAUCAUGUUCACCUCUGUGCACAUGGGGACUAGCAUUUUGUCUGGCACUUAGCGUGUAUUCUUAUUUAUUGAGUGAACAAAUGCACUGUAGAGUUUGUUACAAUGGAAACUUUUGGUUCUUAUUUAUUUUCCAAUAAAAAUUUAUCUAUGAUGUGGCAAGAGGAUUCUGAGAUAGACAUGAAUCAGAAUGUAACAGGAUAAUAUUAAAAUAGAGUUUUGUUUUGAAAACAACUCAGCAGUUAGAUCUUUGAAGAAAAUUUAGUUGGAAAGCCUCCUGAUUCUCACUCACUGGACCAUGUGGGCCAGUCUUUUGACUGCUCUAUACUUCAGAUUCCCUCUUUAUAACUAAAUAAAUCACAGGGUUAUUUUGAAUAACUAAUGGAUUAUCAAACUUUUAAAGCUAUUGCCAAGGCAUUAUGAAAUCUUUUGAAAUGUUUAGCACUUUCUGGCCUUGGCUUCUUGAUCUGGAUAAAACUGAAAGUCUGAGAUCAAAAUAUUUUGUAUUUUUCUUGAAAUUACGGCUAGACUAUUAAUAGAUACUAUUAUAUAAGAAAGAAAUAUAGUAGACCCAAUAACAAGAAAACAAAAGUAUGAAUUUCCUGAUAGUUUUCUUGAGAGUAGAGGUUAUAUUAAUAGACAUCUGUGAAAUUUAAGUAAAUCAUAAAAAAGCUUUAUGUAAUAAAUUUAAGAUGGGUUCCUAAGAAGCAGGGAUAAACUGGUUUUUGUGAAUCAAAAAAUUUAAAAAUAUAUGUAAUAAUCAGAGCUCAAGAUUUAGCAACUCUACAGAUUUCAUACUAAGUGUUGUACACUUGCACUAGGGCACACAUUUUUAAGAAUCUGUUCAUUACAAAAAAUUAUCAAUCUCCAGCUAUAUGUUAAGUCACUUUUAAAAUCCAGAUGGCUUUGUUAUAAUAUUUUAUUUUCUAUGAAAAGGUAAUUGCGCAGUAGUUAUCAGGAAAGAUAAAUACAUUAACAAGUCUGUAGGCUUUGAAAUAGUUUUCAAAUUUGUUGCAGAUACAAAAGAAAUCAUAUAUGAUUUACACAGUUGUUCAAGCAAACACAAGAAACUUUGGUUCGGCUUCUAUGAACUAUCAAAAGGAUAAAGACAAAAGGCCCUUCUAUCUCAAAUUAAUCAGGGUUUGAAUGGCAGCUUUUCAACAUAAUA